AUGGACAGUUCAAGCAUUUUUAUAGAAUGUGGUAGUAGUCAAGGGGAAGAUGUAGAAGUUGAUCACGGUGAUUGUGGUGGUGAUAAUGAUGACACACUUUGGGUUUCUGCAAUUGGGAUGUGUUUUUCUUGUCUAGAGAAAGUUAAAACAUAUUAUCAAGAGUAUGCUUUAAAAAGGGGUUUGGAUGGAGGAUUAGAUCAUAGAGAAAAGGAGAUGACGGGGAGCCCUACAAAAGCAAGAUUGUUCAAGGCUAACAAGAAAAUGAACUUACAUGUGAGGAGAACAAUCCAAAUCAAUGAUGAUGCGGGAGUAAGGAUCAACAAGACUUUUCAAUCGCUUGUUAAAGAUGCAAAAGGACAUGGAAAUAUUCCCUUUUUUGAAAUAUAUGUGAGGAAUUAUAUUAACAAAGAGUGUCGUGCAAUUGGAAAAGAAGGUGAUGGUAAGGCUUUGAUUAGUUAUUUUUGUAAAAUGAGGGAACAAAAUACAGAUUUCUUCUAUGACAUAGAUUUGAAUGAUAAUUUUCAUGUAAGGAAUGUAUUUUGGGCUGAUGCAAGAAGUAGAGCCGCUUACGAAUAUUUUGGAGAUGUUGUAACUUUUGACACAACAUACUUGACUAACAAGUAUGACAUGCCUUUUGUUGCAUUCGUGGGUGUAAAUCACCAUGAAAAAGCACCUUUGGGUAUUGUGACCGACCAAUGUAAGGCUAUGAAAAAUGCUAUUGAGUUAGUCUUUCCUACAACUCGUCAUAGGUGGUGUUUAUGGCAUAUAAUGAAAAAAAAUCCAGAAAAGCUUAGUGGAUAUGGUGAAUACAAAAGGAUCAAGAAUGUAAUGAAAGAAGUAGUCUAUGAUACAUUUACAACAGCUAGUUUUGAACAAAAAUGGUGUUCGUUCAUAGAAAAGUUUGAUCUCCAAGAAAAUGAUUGGUUGGGUGGGUUGUAUAUUGAGCGUCAUAGGUGGACACCAACUUUGUUAAGGAAAUAUAGUUGGGAAAUUGGUUAA